UGUGACGGGUGGUGCAUGUUAUGUCUUUUGUAUGUUACUUGUUGAUUUUAUUAAUUAAACAUUACGACGAAUGAGUGAAAAUUGACUAUUUAAUUACUUAGUUAAUUAUGAUAUAGUGUUGUGUGUGGAUGCUGCGGAUUGGACCCUACGUUUUCCAUCUCCGGGCGUUGACUGUUCAGGUGGUAGCUACAGGCUAGACAUAAACGAUGGAGGACGAGGUGACGUUCCUGUUCCAGAUGGGUGUCCUGCGUGACGCGGUUUCGGCCCCUGUCAACAUACUAACCCUCGCGCAUCUUAAGGAACUGGCCGUCAAAUUCGUCCAAGAAAAGAUACCGGACAAUGGUCUCAAUCGGUUGUCGGACCGCAUCUUGCUGUUCCGCCAUGACUACUGUUCGCCCAACGUGCUGCAGAUCAUCAAUUCUGCCACAGAUGUCACUGACGAGACCCUCGUCGAGAUCGUCCUUACCGCUAAUCCACUUCUCUGCGACGGAGCCGACAGCGCGCCGGCGCCGCGACCGCACGCGCUGGCGGUGCACUCCUACAAGGCGCCCACUUUCUGCGACUUCUGCGGAGAGAUGCUCUUCGGCCUCGUGCGACAGGGACUCAAGUGCGAAGGUUGCGGGCUGAACUACCACAAGCGCUGCGCGGUGAAGGUGCCGUCGAACUGCGAGUCGCCGGCCAGCAGCGCGGCGCCGCCCGGCAGCCGGCGCCAGUCCGCCGCGCCGCGCAGCCCGUCGCGCUCGUCGGCCGCCAGCCACGCCAGCCACGACGACUCGCUGGUUGGUGGAGGAACGGGCCCUAAACGGUCUGCAGGCGCCUGGGCGUCUUCUCUGGGCAUACCCCAUACCUUCCAAGUUCACACCUACACCCGGCCGACCGUGUGCCGUCUGUGUAAGAAGCUGCUGCGAGGGUUGUUCAAGCAAGGCCUGCAGUGUGGUGACUGUCAUUACAAUGCGCAUCGCAAGUGCCUACCAUUCGUGCCCAAAGACUGUGGGGGAGAGAUCAGAGAUCAUCAAGGAGAGAACCAAGACAGCUGCAGCACCAGCAGCGAGAUCAGCGAGCCGCGCGCCGCGCACGACGACGACUCGGACGACGGAGAGCAGGACUCCAACGGGCACAACCACAACCAUCACAGUGAGCAGGGAGAGAACCGACAAGACGAAGACGACGAGCCUCAGCGAGACACCAUUCCUGAACAUUCUGCCAGUAGACCCAGCAGUUCAUCGUCGUCCCCGAGCGCCAACAUUCCGCUGAUGCGUAUCGUGCAAUCCGUCAAGCACACCAAGAAGCGAGACGGACAGUGGCUCAAGGAAGGCUGGCUGGUGCACUUCACGAACAAGGACAAAACAAUAAAACGCCACUACUGGCGACUGGACAGCCAGUCGAUAACGCUGUUCACGUCGGAGCAGGGCACCAAAUACUACAAGGAGAUACCCCUCAACGAGAUCCUGGCCGUCGACACGGCGAGGACUCCUCAAUCAGACGUGAUGCACUGCUUCGAGCUGCGCACGGCCAACGUGGACUACCUGGUGGGCGUGGACCCCGCGUGGCAGGGCGGCGCGGCGCCGCUGCCGCCGCCCGGCUCGGGCGUGGGCGCGUACCUGGCGCGCUCGUGGGAGACGGCGCUGCGCCACGCGCUGCUGCCGCACCCGCCGCACGAGCCGCCCGGCGCGCCCGAGCGCGGCGCCGAGAUGGCGCAGCUCUACCGCAUCCACCCCGACGAGGUGCUCGGCUCGGGCCAGUUCGGCAUCGUGUACGGCGGCCUGCACCGCGCCACGGCGCGCCCCGUCGCCAUCAAGGUCAUCGACAAGCUGCGGUUCCCGACCAAGCAGGAGGCGCAGCUGAAGAACGAGGUGGCCAUCCUGCAGAACCUGUCGCACCCGGGCGUCGUCAACCUGGAGCGGAUGUUCGAGACCCCGGAGCGGAUCUUCGUGGUCAUGGAGAAGCUGAAGGGGGACAUGUUGGAGAUGAUCCUCUCUCACGAGAAGGGGCGUCUCACUGAGCGUAUCACGAAGUUUCUAGUCGCGCAGAUCCUGGUAGCGCUGAAGCACCUCCACGAAAAGAACAUCGUGCACUGCGACUUGAAGCCAGAAAACGUACUCCUGUCCUCGGACGAGACGUUCCCGCAAGUGAAGCUUUGCGACUUCGGCUUCGCGCGCAUCAUCGGGGAGAAAUCCUUCCGCCGGUCCGUUGUCGGCACACCCGCCUACCUCGCGCCCGAGGUGCUCCGCAACAAGGGCUACAACCGCUCGCUGGACAUGUGGUCGGUCGGCGUCAUCGUCUACGUGUCGCUGUCCGGGACCUUCCCCUUCAACGAGGACGAGGACAUCAACGAGCAAAUCCAGAACGCCGCCUUCAUGUACCCGCCCACGCCCUGGAGGGAGAUCUCCGCCGAGGCCAUCGACCUCAUCAACAACCUGCUGCAAGUGAAGCAGCGCAAGCGGCUGUCGGUGGACAAGUGCGCGGCGCACGCGUGGCUGCAGACGGCGGAGGCGUGGCAGGACCUGCGCGCGCUGGAGCGGCGCGUGCAGGCGCGCUACCUCACGCACGCCAGCGACGACGCGCGGCACGAGCGCUGACCGCGGGGACCCUUCGCGUGCGAACACACCCAGCCUGCUUUGAUAUUCGCGUGUAGUAUACAAUGAACAAAAGCUAACCUGUCCGUCUUCGUGCCUCGAACUAUCCAUGUCCGCCGAGCUGAACGACGAUCGGUCGAGUCGUUGAGGUAGAGAGCGAGACGUCCCGGUUGUACCGGUAGUGUGGGAUGAUUUUGUAGCUCGGCUGUCAAUGGUCGGUUUGUCCUUGAAUCUCUUUUAUGACGACAUUUAUUUUAUGGUUUUAAGCUCUCGAAGACAAUGUUAGUGGCCGAUGGUAAAUUAAAGAGAGGUUCUAGCUUCAGAUGCCGCUCCCCGACGACGACACAUACUACCGAUUAUUUAGACAAAAAAACUUUCAACACUGACAACAUACCGCCAUGUUAAAUUUUUCCCGCCAGUGAGAAUGUUUCGUUUUUAAUCGCGCGUUUUUAAUGUAUUAUAUGACAAAAGAAACAACUUAUCAUCCUCAUUCUUUUUGUCUUAUUUUUUUUAAAUUAAAAUAAUUAAAUUUAAUCAAUAUUAAAAAGAAAUUCAAUUCGUGGACAGUCGGGUAGGAGUGGGCUAUGAACUUUCUUAACCCAAAAAAAUAUUUGCCAAAUUAGCAUUAACAAUGUAACAAUGCAAUCGAUGAAGUUAUGUUAACGAUAUAAACGAGCACAACGCGUUAAAAACCUUAGAGUAUUUAUUUGAUAUAACACAGCAUUCCUACCGCUAUGGCUGCUUAAUAUAAUUAAGUAUUUCAAUGAACAUGAGAUUCUAAUUUACAAUUAAUUAUACCUUAAGAUGUA